AUGGAAGGCCGAGGCUUAACCCUACGAAGCAAGUCCCGUCGCCAAAGGCCUCAAAUCAGUGCUCCGAAACCCAUCUCCGGCCCCUUACCCCCCAACACCCGAGCCCCCGAUGCACCUCAAGGUUCCAUCCCCGUUGGUCGCGAGCGAGCUCCCCAGAGCGAGGCCACCUCCGAUCUCGUGAAGCGCCGAUACUCAACUCGGUUCAAUGCAGUCCCAGACUUUGGUGCGAGUGUGCCUCCAGUACCCGCUCUGCCUACGCAAGCUCCCGGUGGAUAUGGAGGGCUGGAAGCUCCAGCAGCAGUUCCAAGGCAACCAUCGCCGGCGGAUGGCGCGCCCAAGGUGGAUUUGAACGCAUUGCGAGAUCCUAGUCUACCAGUGGAGCGAUAUGUCGCCAACUUGCUCGCCAAUGCAUCCGAGGAAGAGAUCCAGAAGUACCAGGAAAGCUUACGCAAAGUGAAAAACCGAACCUCGACCGAUCUGCAACAGAAUGUCUACCAGAAUCGCACCCAAUUCAUCAAGAUCAGUAAAGAGGCGGAGAAGCUCAAGGACGAAAUGCGGACACUUCGCACGCUCAUGUCCGAGCUCACCACUGCCCUCGGACAGACCACGGUGGCCAACACGCCGAACCCCAUGUCGCCCACAGAUGAUCAGUUCCCCAAACGCAAUGCGAACCGCAGCUCGGUCGCCAACUUGGAAAGCAUGUGGAGUGUCCAAUUGCAAACAUUGUGGAAGACGGUGGAAGGAUCCCAGAAGUUCUUGCCGGCAGUGCCCGGACGGCAUAUUGUGCUGGAAACAGGCAAUUGGGCUGAGCUGGACUCGGCCACCUGGAAGCCCAAGAGACCAGUGCAUAUUGUUUUGUUAAAUGAUCACCUGCUGGUAGCUGCCAAGAAGCGCAAACGAGUGGAUCAGAGCCAAACCAACCAACGCGGUCCAGUUCCCACCAAGCUCGUCGCGGAAGAGUGCUGGCCACUGCAGGACAUCGACAUGAUCGAUCUGGCGGCGAACCUGGGCACGGGUGCCGCUCGCGAAGAGGCACUGGAUCGUGGUAUUGCGAAUGCGAUCAGCAUCCGGGUGGGAUCCAAGCCGUUUACUUAUCGACAAGACAAACGCGACACAUCCACAAAGAAUGAACUGCUUGCCACGUUCCGUAAGACCGUGGAAGAUCUACGACGAAACUUGCGAACCGAAACCGAGGCUGCAAGCAAGCCCUUGGAGGCAUAUGGAUACCUCGCCGGGCGACAUCUGUCGUACUCGCAAAAGGCAGAAGCAUUUGAUCUUGUAGAUAGCCCGCGCGAUAAAUCUGACUUGCGUAUUGAUGUCGAUGGCAAACAGCAGAACCUCCGCUGGGUGGAGGGACAGGUCGACGAGUUGGACAUUGACAUCGCCUUGCAACACUUUGAAGCGGCCGUUUCCAGUAUUGAGCGAUUGCGAAAACUUGCAAAGGGGCUCAAAGGAAAUGCAAUUGCUCAAGAGGUCAUUAAUGUCAAGGUCGAUGGACGGGCGACGCGGCUGGCUGGCAUGCUUUCGCGAUCGUUGGUGGAUACGCACUCGUUCCCGGGAGCGACCAAGACCAACGUGAAUUGGCUCAGCCGCCUGGGAUUCGAGGAUCAAGCGCGGGAGACUUAUCUGAAGGCACGGUCUGAUGUGAUUUCGCAACGUAUCCGGGCCUGUGUCUUCGAGGGUGACCUCCCACUCUACAUCUUCCAAAUCUCCUUCGUCUACUUCUCCUUGAUCAAAAACACCAUCAGCAUCUACCAGCAAUGCUUCCCCAGCGUCAUGACCAGUUCCUGCAUCCGAUGGGCAAAGACACACCUCGACGGAUUCAACGCCCUACUUCGCCGCCAGCUCAGCAGCGUGCAGCGGGGCACUUCCGUCUGGCACAGAUGUCUUGACAUCGUGCAUGAGCAUGCUGCCCUAUUGACCGAGGUUGGGGUCGAUUUCACCGACCUUGUGGCUCGGGGGCUGGAAGAUCACAGCGAGGAUGGACUGCGAACUGUUCAACCGGGUCAAUUAGCUGCGGCUCAGCCUCCUGUGAUUUAG